AUGCGGCGCUGCGUGGCGCCUUCGUGGCUGCGGUACCGCGGCAUCGUGUGGGAUGGGCGUGGCUCGUGCGGCUGCGUGGCGAGCAGUCGGCGCUGGUGCCUGUCGCUGCGUGUCCCCUCCGUCGAGCUCGCCGCCCCGCGCUCGCAGACGCACGAGGAUCUCGCGUACGCCUCCUGCCCCAUAUGCGGUCGCCUGACGCACAUGUGUGACAUGUUCACGCACCUCACAACCGCCCACCGCGAGCUGAACCCGGCGCACUGCAAGAAGAUCUGCAGCGCGCGGCUGCAGCUCUACCAGCAAGUGAUUGGCGUUCCGCUGAAGAAGAUGGAGCUCACCACGUCUGGGCGCCGGGUGCUCGACUUUCUCCCCACCGUGCUGCCCUCCGGCUACAUCUGCAACUGGUGCGACAGGAAGAACGACUUGUACCCGACGCGGGACAAGUUCCUCAAGCACGUGGCCGACGUCCACGCGGAGAUUGACCUGGAGGACAUCGAGCAGCACGUCCCGCUGCCGCCGCGCGGUGUGGCGGAGGAGAAGAGCGGCGCCCGGGAGGCGGCGCGGCCCACGCGGCGCCUGAGUGGUGUUGAGGCGGUUGCGGAAACGUUCACCAUUCCGCCCAUCGCCCCGCGCCACGCGGCCGUUUCGAUCCCGCGCGCCAUCGACAAGCGGACAGCUGCGCCGCCGCCGGCGUUCAGCGAGACGGAGUUCCCGUGCGAGCUGUGCAACAGGGUGUUCCAGAGCGAGGCGGACUUGCUGCAGCACCUCGAGACGCGGCACCCGGACGGGACCGCCGAGGGGUCCGGCGACGUGGAUCACUCCGCCGUCGCCGACGUUGCGGAGUUCACGGCGAAGGAGGCGACGAUGGGCGGCAGCCAGCGCGUGCACGUCAUCUGCGACCUCUGCCCCUCCUCGUCGAAGGUGUACACGAUGCCGUCCGCGCUCUUCUCCCACAUCCGUUUCAAGCACCCCGGCGAGGACGCCGCGUACCACGUGGAGCGCCUCAUUCGCACAAGUAAAGGCCAGUCAUUUGUGUGUAAGGUCUGCAACAAGGCAUUUGCCACGGCCGCCGCACUGGAGGGCCACUUUAGCAGCAAACACGCCGAACAGGCGAGUGCGCCGGUGGGGCAGGGACGUGUGGCGAUGAAUAACUGCUGGUGGUGCCACGACUGUGAGAAGGGCUUUUCCUCCGCGAAGGGGCUGCACGGGCACAUGCAGAACAAACACGGACUUUCUUCACAGAUACAUCCCUGUCCGGCGUGCAAGCGCGUCUUCUCGGACGUCUACUCGCUGGAGGAGCACAUCACCCUGGCGCACAAGACGAUCCAUCUGCACGACAUUGGGCUCCAGACGCACGCGAAGUGUGACAUCUGCGACCGCUGCUUCUUAACCUACGAGGAUCUGCACCGGCAUGCCGUCAAACACCACAAGAAGGAUCCCCGGGCGCCUGUUCGCCCGUUUGAGGCCACAGCCUUUUCCUCACCGGAGAAGGAGGAGGCGGCAAAGAGUGGCGCGCCUUCGUCGUCGCCCGUGCCCGCGCCAGCGCAGGCUCCACGCAAGGUAAAGAGGCGCAACAAGAGUGCUGCAGAGGCGGAGCCAAGUCCAUAG